AUGGUUUGUUAUAUCUCUGCAUUGCCAAACCGGUAUUUACGGUUCCCAGAUGAUACGCUCGACAGCAACCUGUGUUCUUGGUCAUAUGAUGGAGCUUCUUCAUCUUCCACCACCUUUCCUUCUCGUCCCGAAGCAAGGUUGAUUCCCAAUUCACUAUCACCGUCACCGUCGAUAUCAAUUAUAAGUAGCUCGCCACGGUCUGAACAGAGUGCUCUGUCCUCACCACCGGCGCUCAACGAAUUCUCAAACGUUUUCGAUUUUGAUUUCGGCACCUCGUUACCCAAUGAAUACCCCACAACCUCGUCAUGGGCGUCAAUACAUCCCGGAAGCCCUGCAGCAACUUCCGCAACAUCUUGCUCUCCUUCACCUUCGCACUCCAGCCUGGAUGCUGCAGAUGCGAAAUCUGCCACCUCACGGGACUCGUCGCCAACGCAGAGUGAAAGCGAUCCACAUCACCAACGUCGCCGUUUCCCAUGUUUAAUUCUCGGAUGCGCUCGCCGUUUCACGAGUCAGUACACGCUCAAGGUUCACAUGGAGGCGCACAAGCCCAAACCACGUGUCUCCUUCCCCUGCACCCUGGGAUGCUCCGAGCGGUUCUCACGACAGCACGAUCGUCUCCGACACGAGGUGGCGAAGCAUGGAAAAGUCUGUGAAUUCUCCUGUGAAGACUGUGGACGUUUUUUCUCAACGAAAAAAACUCUGGGGAAUCACAAAUGCCCUGUCGCUCAAGGCGGUACAAGAUGGGUUACUAGUUGA